AUCUCAAAUCAAAAUAACAGUGACAGCAUGCCCCGAAACGAAAAUAUCUGCAAAAAUCAAGAGUAAAAAUGAAUACUGUCGUUAUUGGUUCAGAGAUUGGCAGUCAAAAGUGCUGUCUUCCUGUUGCGGAAUUUGUAACUUUAAAUUGUCAAGUUGGAUGCCCAGUGAAAGUGACGACAAACAAGGGAACCUUCAUUUGCAAGCUCUUCCCUAGGACUGAUUUGAAAAAUGAUGCAGUUGUUGAAAAUACCGUUCAAAUUUACAGUGAACGUAGAAAGUUUCUCAUCACUCAUCCAGUAGUGACGAGGGAUUUCAGUGUUUCAAAAUUGUCACUGAAACCGGCAACAAGUAUAACUGUAACUAUCGUAACUGAUAGUUUUCAAAGUGUCAACCAUUUGAAACAAUGCAAGUUGCCCCUGUUGAUCAAGAGUCUUCUUUCAAACAAGAUCAUCACCCCGCUUUCGUCAAUCACUGUUGGCAAAUACUUUUCCGCAGGGAAUGUAGAGAAAAUUUUGGUCCUGGAAACGAAACCUGACGGUGGAGCUCUGACAGUGUCUGCCAAAACCCAAGUCAAGAUUGAAAACAUCAUCACAGAGAAAUGGAUGAAAAUUCAAGAACGAGUCCAAACGACAAGAAUGGGAGGAGUAGAUGAAGCCUACAACAAAUUGAAAGAACUAGUGGUGUAUCCUCUACAGCAUCCCCAAGUGUUUGCUCAACUUUGCGCGCCUAGAGGAAUUCUUUUACACGGUCCACCGGGCUGCGGGAAAAGUUCAAUCGUCCAGCAACUCUGCGCUGAAAACGGCCUGUUUCUCAUCCCAGUCACUUGCUCGGAUCUCUCGUCAUCCGAUCCAGGAGGCAGCGAAGACAAAUUGAGAAACAUUUUCAAGGAAACUUUAAGCGUGUCGAGUCCCACAGUUCUAUUUCUGGACGGCGUGGAUUCCAUUUGCCCUAAACGAGGUGGUCAAACCCACACAAAUCGUCUGAUUACUUGCCUAACGGGCUUGAUUGACGACGUUCAUACUAACCGCAACUUGACCAUCAUGGCGGCCACCAACAGGUUGGAAGAUGUCGAUCCUUCUCUUCGUCGGCCAGGCAGACUCGACAGAGAAGUCCAUUUGUAUGCCCCCAAUUGCCAUCAACGGGAAGAGAUCAUUAAAGCCAUCUGCGAAGAAAUUGAAUUGUACACAGACUUGGAAGAUGUGAAACAAGUGGCUGAAAUGACCCCCGGCUACGUUGGCGCAGAUUUAAAUCUUUUGUGUCGUGAAGCCCUCUAUCUUUCACUGGAUCGAUGCCUAUUGACACUCAAAGAGUGGAAGGCAGCUAUUGGUCGUGUUAGGCCAUCCGCUAUGAGAGAAAGUACCGGAAGUGGCGAGUUCCGUCGAGUCAGCUGGGAUGAAGUCGGAGGAUUGGAAGAGGCCCGUAUGUACAUCCGCCGCAGUGUUGAAUGGCCGCUGAAACACCCUGAAGCUUUUGAGAGGCUCAAUGUGCCCCGGCCGAAAGGCGUUUUAAUUUACGGCCCUCCAGGCUGUGGAAAAUCGCUCCUGGUCAGAGCGGCAGCCACUUCGUGCACGGCUUCCUUUCUGUCUAUUUCAGCCGCCGAACUCUUUUCUCCGUUCGUCGGAGACUCGGAGAAAAUGGUCUCGGAUCUCUUCCGGCGAGCCCGCCAGGCAGUUCCGGCUAUCCUAUUCCUAGACGAAUUAGACGCAAUGGUUGGUGGACGUACCAACGCCAAUCACGGCCGGACAGCCCAACUGGGUGUGGUGGCGGCCCUGCUUCAAGAAAUGGACGGCAUUUCAUCCAGCCAAGGAGUCGUGGUAGUUGGCGCCACCAAUCGACCCGACAAAAUCGACGGGGCUCUACUUCGUCCAGGUCGUUUCGACUCGCUGGUUCACAUCCCACAUCCAGACGAAACUGCACGAUUGGCCGUCCUUCAGUCACUCUGCCGGAAGAUGCCGUUGAAGGAGGUCGACCUGAAAAUCCUGGCGGAAAGAACGGAACUCUUUUCAGGAGCUGAUUUAGAAUCCCUGACCAAAGAGGCCGCACUGGGAGCCCUGGAAGAAGAUUUAUCUGCCUUUGAAAUCCUCCAGCGACAUUUCGAACAAGCCCUGGCCAAAGUCCCGCCUUCUAUCACACUUGAACAAGCCGAUUUCUAUCGGGAUUACGCCUCUGGUAAGAGAAAAUAAAAAGCCAGUCACUGAAAACAAA